GUGGAGUCUCGGCGUGUUCUGCUUGUGUUGACGAUGCCCGAUCUUGAUGAUCUCAUGGCGGCCGUCGUAAGUGGGGCCCUCUCGGAGGUUGAAAUGGCUCUCGACGCUGGUGAUACUCCAUCGACGCGGAGCGGCGGCGCUGGAGGGCGCCCGAGAAGCUGCGUCUUAUUGCCGCCAUUGCUAGCGUUUUGCGGUUAUUGUGUGGCCCCGCCUUUCGUGCGGUAUCGCGUGCGCGCCGCGGCGUCGUAUCUCGAAUUUCCAAUCUCAGAGUGCCAAGUUGACCGCCCGGCGUCGGGUUCUCGGGAGGGUGCUCUCUUACCCAGAUAA